GUAUCCAAGCACAUUACCAUCGUCGAUAAUCAAAGCAAUCACCCAGCAUGACUCAAACAAGCGAUGUCGACUUCGACAUAUCCGUCACCAAAUCCAUCGUCACCCAAACCCGCGUCCCUGCAAUCGACAUCGACUCUGCUCUCGACGGAUCUUCCGUAGUCAGAGCAAACCAAGCAGUCUCCCGCGAACACCCUGAAGGAUCAAGGAAAUCGGGAUGGACUGAAAAAUACAAGGAGUAUACCGUAAUGCAGCAACACAUCUUGUUCUGGGAUCGGGAUAUGGAUGGACAUAUAUGGCCACUGGAUACUUAUCGCGGAUUUCGGGAGCUGGGAUUCAAUAUUUUAUUUUCCUGUCUGGCGGUAUUGAUUAUUCAUUUGAAUUUCUCGUACCCCACGAGAUUGGGAUUAACGUAUUUUCCGGAUCCUUUUUUUCGGGUGUACGUUCGAGAUAUUCACAAGGCUAAGCACGGAUCUGAUUCCGGAACUUACGACAACGAGGGUCGAUUCGUACCACAAAACUUUGAGAAUAUAUUCGCAAAAUACGACUCAGACCGUGAUGGAGCAAUUACUUUGUCCGAUAUUACUCGCUUGAUGAAGGGGCAACGAGUCGCCGCUGAUCCCUUUGGCUGGGGAGCAGCAUUGUUCGAAUGGGGAACGACAUGGCUACUACUUCAAAAAGAUGGCAAAGUAUACAAGGAGGAUUUACGGCAACUAUAUGAUGGAUCACUCUUCUGGAGGAUUCGCGAGCAACGGAAACAGCCAAAGGGAUGGCAGCAAGGAUAUGGUCUUGGAGGUGAUAGAUUUGUCGGAUCGCACAAGGUUUUCUAGAUGAUAUGAUUACUCAAUUACUUGGGAUGCGUCUUAGUAUGUUACAACAGGA